AUGGUGAGCGGGGCAAUGCUGUCUCCAGAUGGGGAGGAGCCGAGGUAUGAUGAUGUGCAUAUCAGCUUCACUCAGGAAGAGUGGGAUUUGCUGGAUCUGUCCCAGAAGAAUCUCUACAAAGAUGUCAUGCUGGAGACCAACAGGAACCUUGCUACUAUAGGAUGCAUUUGGGAAGACCAUAAUACUACAGAACACUCUCCAUUUUCUAGAAGAACUGAAAGGAUUGAAAAAAUUCAAACUGGAGAGAAACUUUCAAUAUAUAUUCAAUGUGGUAAACUCUUGACAUAUGACAGUCACGUAAAAGGGAAUGAAAGAACACAUACUGGAGAGAAGCCCUACAAAUGUAAUCAGUGUGGUAAGGCCUUUGCAGCUCAGAGUCAUCUUCAAAUUCAUAAAAGAACACAUACUGGAGAGAAAUCCUAUGGAUGUAAUCAGUGUGGUAAGGCCUUUGCACAGAAUGGUGCUCUUCAAUACCAUAAAAGAACACACACUGGAGAAAAACCAUAUGAGUGUAAUCAGUGUGGUAAGACCUUUGCAUCUUCUAGUAAUCUCCAAACGCAUAAAAGAACACAUAGUGGAGAGAAACCAUAUGAUUGUGAUCAGUGUGGUAAGGCCUUUACAACUCAUAGUAAUCUUCAAAAGCAUAAAAGAGUACAUACUGGAGAGAAACCCUAUAAAUGUAAUCACUGUGGUAAGGCCUUUUCAGUUCAUAGUAAUCUUCAAACCCAUAAAAGAAUACAUACUGGAGAGAAACCCUACGGAUGUAAUCAGUGUGGUAAGGCCUUUUCACGGUAUUGUGCUCUUCAAUGCCAUAAAAGAACACACACUGGAGAAAAACCAUAUGAGUGUAAUCAGUGUGGUAAGGCCUUUGCAGCUCAGAGUCAUCUUCAAGAUCAUAAAAGAACACAUACUGGAGAGAAACCCUAUGGAUGUAAUCAGUGUGGUAAGGCCUUUGCACAGAAUGGUGCUCUUCAAUACCAUAAAAGAACACACACUGGAGAAAAACCAUAUGAGUGUAAUCAGUGUGGUAAGACCUUUGCAUCUUCUAGUAAUCUCCAAACGCAUAAAAGAUCACAUAGUGGAGAGAAACCAUAUGAUUGUGAUCAGUGUGGUAAGGCCUUUACAACUCAUAGCAAUCUUCAAAAGCAUAAAAGAGUACAUACUGGAGAGAAACCCUACGGAUGUAAUCAGUGUGGUAAGGCUUUUUCACAGUAUUGUGCUCUUCAAUGCCAUAAAAGAACACACACUGGAGAAAAACCAUAUGAGUGUAAUCAGUGUGGUAAGGCCUUUGCAACUCACAAUAAUCUUCAAGACCAUAAAAAAUCACAUACUGGAGAGAAACACUAUGAAUGUAAUCAGUGUGGGAAGGACUUUGCACAGUACAGUGGUCUUCAACAUCAUAAAAGAACACAUACUGGAGAGAAGCCCUAUGAAUGUAAUCAGUGUGGUAAGGCCUUUGCAGUGAACAGUUCUUUUCAAGUGCAUAAAAGAACACAGACUGAAGAGAAACCAUAUGAAUGUAAUGAGUGUGGUAAGGCAUUUGCAACUUCUGGUAAUCUUAAAGUGCAAAAAAGAUCUCACCAUAGAUAG